AUGUCCGACGAAAAGGAGAAAUUAAGACAAAAAUACGCUUGUGAAGAACAAGAGGCUCAGCUGGGAAACCACAGUUUGCCUGAUGCACCACCAGCAUAUGAGGAUAUUCAAGGUUCUCAAAACCCAUAUUCUGACAACCAAUACGCUCCACCACCAAAUGGAUCACAAGACAAUGGCUAUGGACAAACCCCAUCUGGUAACUAUGCUAAUUACCCACCACCACAUCCGCAACAGCCACCACAGCCACCACAGCCACAACAAGGAUCCUCAUCCGCACAGCAACAGCCACAAAAUCUCUACACUAUUAAACCCACUGUUGUUGAUAUAAACAACACUGAUCCGCGAAACUUGAACCCCCAGUACCAAAUUUUCAAACAAAAUCAAGAAGCUAAAGUUGCAAGAGGUGAAUAUGCAGCAUGGGAUCCAAAAGCACCAUUGGAAAAGGGACACACUUCGAAUAAGAAGAUUGAUCUGAGCUUUCCUGGUCGUAGUGGUGCUACUUACUACAACGCAGCGAAUAAGCAUUGA